AUGUCGUCGCCGAUCGUGCACGGUAGCCCCCGCGAGGAUGCUGCAUUUCGAGCGGAAGCUCUCGAAUUUGUCCUUGCGCACAAUGUUCCGGAAGCUUAUCAGAGAAGCCCAGCAAAGUUCUUGUGUUACGUUUUCGACGCUCUGAUGCCACCAGCCGCCACUUCGCCACACACAGCCCACCAAAUAGACCAGUGCCGUCUGAGCUUGCGCUGCUGCAACGCACUUAUGGACUGGGCUUGCUCGUCUGCCACCGCGCAUCCCUGGAAUCCUUCGUUUGGUGCCUUUACCCCCGAAAACCUGGGUGAGAUGCUCCAAGACGAGGUGCAAGUGCUUCUGACGAAGAGAGUGGCUGACAGACGGACUUUGGAGUUCAAGGCCGAUUUUCUCAGUGCACUUCCAGCCAAGUACCACGAUUUUGCGUCGCUGAUGAUGGCAGACUCGACCAGCUAUGGUCAGCAAAUGCGUAACGAAUCCUCCAGCACCUACUGUUCAUCUGUGGCCGCACCACAACAUGGCGAAUGUGACGCCGCCGCACUCACUGCUCCGAAGCUUGCCGAAGAAACUGUAGCUGGAUCUGCUUACACUGCUCCGGAGACUGCUGACAAGGUCCAAAUCCCGACUGGAGGCCACGUUGCGUUCUUGCCUUCCGCGAGCGCUGCGGUUCCUGGUGCAGAUACCAGUGGCAAGCCCGCCACGCUCAACAAGUCAACUUCAGGCGGAGAUUCAGUUGGUGAAAUUGGGAAACCCGGUCUCGUCAACUCGGAUGCGCAAGACGACUUGAAGCGUGAGUCCCUGCGGCCGGUCACCUCGGUCGCUGGUGACCAAACCGCCAGAGCGGUCUUGGACUCGUGUAACGCUGAAACACUGCGCAGCAUGCGCAAUGCCUUUUCUGAGUUGGUAAAUGCUGGCGAGAAUAGCCCAGCUGUGACUCUGGCGACGCUGAAGGCUAUCUUGGACGAUGUACCACGCGGUGGGGCUAUUGUCUGCGAUGAUUCUAAUGAUUUUGAACGACCCUCAGUCUCCCCUGGCAUUCGGACCCAAAAACGCCGCGUUGCCAGUGAUACCCGGGGUGACGCCCUUCCUACCCGGCCCUACAAGAGCGCCCGCCGUGGCAAGGCACCGAGUGGGGGCUCUCGGAGCUCCUUCAUGACGAGCCUCCCCAAUGGAAACGAUGUGGAUUAUGUGAUCAUCCCAUCGGAUAGCGAAGCCAGCAUGUAA